AUGAUGCAGGCAGUGAACAUGUGCUCGGCUCUUUUCUCCUUUCUUCUUCCUUCCCCUGCUCUCCUCUCUGCCAAGCUCAAGCAGCCUCCAGAUCUAUUGCAGCUUUCAACGGAGAAAGAAGUCAUCGGGGGGCUGUGCAGCUUAGCUAAUAUUCCCCUGACGCCCGAGACACAGCGAGACCAGGAAAGGCGAAUACGCCGUGAAAUCGCCAACAGCAACGAGCGACGUCGAAUGCAGAGUAUAAAUGCCGGUUUCCAGUCUCUGAAAACUCUAAUCCCUCAUACAGAUGGGGAGAAGCUAAGCAAGGCAGCCAUACUGCAACAGACAGCAGACUAUAUAUUCUCCCUGGAGCAGGAGAAGACCAGAUUGCUGCAGCAAAACACCCAACUCAAGAGGUUCAUCCAGGAAUUCAGUGGCUCCUCUCCCAAGCGGCGGCGGGCAGAAGACAAGGAUGAGGGGAUCGGCUCUCCGGAUAUCUGGGAGGAGGAGAAGGCAGAAGAUCUGCGGAGAGAGAUGAUUGAAUUGAGGCAACAACUAGACAAAGAACGUUCAGUCAGGAUGAUGCUGGAGGAGCAGGUUCGAGCUGUGGAAGCUCAUAUGUACCCUGAGAAGUUGAAGGCGAUAGCUCAGCAAAUCCAGCAGGAGGAUGAGGGAGGGAAAGCACAGGGACAGUCACAGGAGUCGCAGGAGUCGCAGGACAGGAGUGAGCAGCUCCUCCAUUCUCCGAUCCUGGCGCCACAUCUGCCGCUGGCACCUACCCACCACCCUACAGUAAUAGUGCCUGCUCCACCACCUCCACCCUCUCACCACGUCAAUGUUGUGACUAUGGGACAUUCCUCAGUAAUCAGUUCUGUGUCUACAUCCCGUCAAAAUCUGGACACCAUUGUGCAGGCCAUACAGCACAUAGAGGGCACGCAGGAGAAGCAGCUGCAGGACGAAGAGCAGCGGAGGGCUGUCAUCGUGAAUGCCCCCCGCCCAUGUGAAGAUUCAGACACCGCAUCAGAGACAGAAUGCGACGACAGCGGAGCGGAGCAAAGCAAGGACGACGCCAUGGAGGACCCCUGACAUCUGCUUACCCACCCACAUGUGGGGAGAGACUGGGGGAAACUGGAGGGUGGGAGGCUGCGGGGGUACUAGAGGGAGCCCUACCAAGAGUUGCCUUCAUCCAGCCUCCUUCCCAAAUCUUGUGGGGUUUCUAGGGGUGGUCUACCGCCGACCACAAAGAUACUGUAAUAAGGUUGAGGGCAAAAGGGUUAGCGCACUAAGGGAUUGCCCUGGUCUAAUAGAGAUGAGGAGGGUCAUUGUGGUGGGGGGUCCUUAAACAUAGUCCCAAAGCUUGCAGCAGUCCCUCUAUUCCUAUUAAGAUUCUCUUUGAAGUCUUUCCUAGUGGAAGGGAUUAAGGCCUGCACUGGUAAAAGAAAACAAAAAAAAGGGGUUAAAAAUAAGCUUUUAUAAAGUGUCCCUCCUUGCCACUGUUGAUAGGACACAGUACAAAAAAUCUAUACUGUAUGUAUUAGUGCAAUGCAUACAGGUACUUUGCAAUUUCUAAAUUUCUAGAAACCUUUUAUACUUCUGUAUAUUUUAUAGAGAUCUAGCACGCGUAUAACAUACCUAUAUUUGACAUGUGUUUCUUUUAUAGGAAACAACGUCAUCAGGAUGGGACAGCACUAGGGAGAUAGCAUAACAAACACUAUUUGUUGGUUUGAGUUAGUAACGUCAUCCUGAAAUAUUCCCCCUUGUUAACGGCCUGAAACUAUUGUGCAGGCCUUCUUCUUUAAGACCACAUGAUGGCGCUGUGGGGGGGAACAGACAUUUUCUGCCUUUUUUACAUUUUCUUUUUGCAUUGUAAAUGAGCCCACACAAAACCAUAGCACUACAUGUAAGAAUAUGACAUCCAUUUAUCAAAUUAUUUUUGCUUUAGUAUUUGCUGCCGUG